ACAUUAUAAAGUGAAGUGUGGUGACGUCACAAUACCGAUUGUUCACAUGGAAUUUAGCUAAAACAUCAUAAGCAUGAGUUCUGAAAAUGUUUUCGAAUGGAAGGUCGGUCUUAUAAACGUACAAGAGAAGUAUCUCACCGCGGAUGGAUAUGGAAAUAAGGUCAAUGCGAGCGGGACGGCCCUCCGCCAGAAACAAAUGUGGACGAUUGAGUUCCAUGAGGAUGAAACUGUUUACAUUCGAAGUUACUCCAGAAAUUACAUUUCUGUCGAUCGCCUUGGUAAUGUAACAUGUGAUGCAAAAGAGCGUGGAGAAGAACAACAGUUCUCUUUGACGUACGCCACUGAUGGGUCCGCGCGCUGGGCAUUCCAAAAUAAGAAACUGAAACAAUUUUUAGCUGGCAUGGAUGAAAAAAUAGACUGUCUCGCAAAGAAGGCGACUGAAGAGGAUCUGUCUUUGUGGACUGUCCCUUUUGCGAUGCAUCCGCAAGUUACACUCUUUGCCAUGUUUAGUAAGAAAUUUGCACUAGCCGACUCUAAGAAUGUGCAGAUUGGGGGUGAUAAAGCUUGGGGUGCGCAUGCUCUAUUUACGAUGGAAUUUUACUGUGGUAAAUAUCAAAUCAAAACUCCAGAUAACCGAUACUUAUGUAAAGAUGGAUCCUUGGUCCAAACACACGGAAAAGACACGGUAUUUGGAAUAGAGAUUCAUCAAAUCGAUGAUAGAAAAUUCCAAGGUCUAGCAUUUAAAGACAACGAGGGAAAAUUUCUGUCAACAAGUGGUCCGACGGGAAUUCUCAAGAGUUUCCAGAAGAACCUGAAACGGGAGGGUCUAUUUCGGCUGCAACAAAGUCACCCCCAAGUGAGCAUCGUGGGACCUGGAGGCAAAAUGGCGACCGUAGGAAUGGAGGUCAUGAUGAAAAAAUUAAUUCAAGACCCGACAAACUCAGAAAUUUUUCAGCUUGAAUAUGAAAGCAAAAAGAAGAAAUGGUCAAUCGAAACCUACGAUGGAACAUUCUGGGGAGUUGGACCAAACGGCCAAUUGAACACGAAUUCUAAAUCCGUGUCAGAGGAUACGCUGUUUGAGAUUAUAUGGUUAUCCAAUGGGAAAGUCAGCAUUAAAGGACCAAACGGUAAACGUCUCGUUAGUAAAGGGACCGGAAAUCUUGUCGCCAAUCUUCCGGAAGACGUAGAAGACGAGGGUUUCCAGAUCCGGAUACAGAAUCGUCCCGUUGUUGUUCUCAGGUGUGAUUUUGGAUUUAUUGGGAUUAAAACGGCCACCGGAAGUAAUAAGGAUGAGUACAUUUGCACCAAGCCGACACCAAGCGUCAUCACUCUGAAUCAAAUGGAGGAUGGAAGAUAUAGUCUGCAAAGUGAGAAUGGAAAAUACUGGUGUAUAAAUCUGCAAACUGGGGGCCAUCCAACAAUCAAAGCUAACAGUGCCGAGCCGGUGCCUUUUGUUAUAGAAUUUCGGGAUACCAACGCUAUAACAAUAUUAGCUCCUAAUGAACGAUAUAUGGUUUGUGACAAAGUCGGCCAUUUUUACGCGUCGGCAACGGAAAUAUGCCCCAAAUGUAUGCUGUAUUUCUGAUAAAUAGCAACACAUAUUGUAAUCGGC